GCACCAGGUAGUCCCGCAGUUUCAUUCUGUUUCUGCUGGAAACACUUGAACCGUCCCAGGAUGGAUCUGUUCAUCUUAAAGUUGCUUGUUUUUGCUCUUUCUUUUAUCGGGUCCGGGGCGGCGCUGGACAUUCUGCCAUCGGAGACGGUGGAGAUACUUGAAGGCAAGAAUGUGACUUUUAAAACCCUGCUGGACAAUCCCAAGUACAUCUUCAUUAUCUGGAACCUGGAAGGAGAGGAGGACCCCGUCCGGAUCGCCACCAUGGGACCUGCGGGUUUGAAUGUGGGUGACGGGUACGGUGGCCGGGCGGACAUCGACAAAAGCAACGGGUUUCUGACUUUGGCCAACGCGAGGGCGGAGGACAGCGGAGAGUACCGGAUAGACAUCAUCUUACCCUCCGGGUCGACCGAAACUGCAGCGACGCAUCUCCGAGUCCUGAAACCAGUGAAAGAUGUGAAGAUCCAAUCGGACUUAGUCGAAGCCAUCGAACACGACAGCACCGUGGUUCUGAAGUGCACGUCCCAGGGCAACUUCCUCAAGUUCAGCUGGAGCAAAGGGACCACACCCAUAACGGGUGACGGCGAACGCAUCACACUGACAGAGAAUGAAGACUCCAGCUCUCUGACCAUCAAGAACGUUCUGAGGACUGACCUGGCGGGGCCCAUCCUCUGCUCUGUGGAGAACAAGCUGACAUCUGGGGUCAGCCAACCCUUCAACAUGACCGUCUACUAUGGACCAGAUGACGUCUCCCUCAGUCCUGCCAAACCCCCAGAGUUCAUCCGAAGCGGCUCCAACUUCAGCCUGUCCUGCUCGGCGGCGUCCAGCCCCAGCGCCGUCUUCAGCUGGUACCAAGGCAGCACGUUAAUAGAGCACCCGGGUCCGGUUCUGACCCUGAAAAUCCUGGAGGCCCUUGGGAUGGGGAAGACCCCCGCCGAGUACUCAUGCAAAGCACGGAAUGAGAAGACGGGACGGGAUGUCUCAUCCGCCGCCGUUUCCUUCAGCGUCAUGGAGGCCAUCACCGGGACCAAAGUGUCCGGUCCGUCGGGGCCCCUCCUGGCCGGAAACAGUUCUGCUAACCUGAGCUGUAAGGCGGAGGCGGGCAACGUGAAGAGCAGGGCGUGGCUUAAAGACGGAACCGCUCUGAGCCCCAGCACCCGCAUCACCUUCGCCCCCGACAGCAGCUCCAUGUUGAUCAACCCCGUACAGAAGGAGGACCACGCCCUGUACACCUGUCAGCUCAUGAACCCCAUCGGCAUCGACAAGGCCACGUUCAGACUGGACGUCAUCUUCGGUCCGGAUCCUGUGGAGGUGAGCGGUCCAGAUGAGGUGGAGGUGACGGACCAGGUGAAGCUGACCUGUAAGACCUCCUCCUUCCCUGAGGCCACCUUCACCUGGAGGUUCAACGGCACGGUAAAAAAGGUGACCACCAAAGAAUACGUCAUCGAAAAGGCCGCUUACUCCAACACGGGAUUUUACACGUGUGAGGCGUACAACAACGUCACCGCCAAGACCAUGAGGAACAGCCACCUCCUGAUCGUCAGAGAGGAGGGAACACUAGAAGAUGAUGAUGACGGUCUGUCGGACGGAGCCAUCGCUGGAAUCGUCAUCGGCGUCCUGGUCGCUCUGGGUGCCGCCAUCGGUUUAUUCAUGUACUGCCGGCAGAAAGUACCGGUCGAGUCGCCGUAUUAAAGACGUUCACGCUGAAGCACAAGGCUGGUUUUGCUGGACCCACAUCCGACCAUCGUUUCCCAUCAUCCAUCUGUGCGGUCGGAGGGAGCGUCCUGGUGGUCCUCGCUGUGACUCCUUCUUCAGACCACCUCCCCUUUUUCCCAUCAUGCCUCUCUCUCUCUGGCCAUAGAGGACAAUGGAAACAUGAUUUUACCCAGACAUUGGAUUUUAUCAGUUUGGAUUAUUACUUUUUUUUUUUUUUUUUUGGUUUUCUGUCGUCCAUCCACCCUCAGCGGGACUCCACUUCCCACCGUCCUUUUCUUCUUUGCUCCGCCUCCUAUUGACAGACGUCACCCUUCACCUUUUUGUGUCGUCCGGAUUCUAAAAACACAAGAAAAGUCUGCGACAGAGACGAUUUCCUGGACUCUAUGAUGGUUCCGAUGAGUGACUCCUUUAUUCUGCUGAAACCUGACACACGUGGUGGAAACCAGCGCCAUGGCAACGCACGGCGACGUUGGGCGUUCAGGGCUAAAACAUCUGCGGUCUGAGUGAAGUCACGGUCGGUGCCGGAGGGGGCGGAGUCUGUCACAUCGCAGUGUUUUUAGGAAAAUUUGACACAAAAAUACCUCGACCUGUUGAGCUUAGCUUUAACGCUUUACUUUCAUUUAACCCGACGCUAAAACUAAUUACCUUUAACGUUAAUGUUUUUAUUUUUAAAAUCUGCAUUUAUUGAUGCAUGUGAGGUUAGAAAAGAAAAAGUCUGACUUUUUCCACAUCAGAUAACCGUCAUAGCUAAUAUUCUAUUUAAAUAACUAAUAAAGGAUCACCUACUAUCCUGAUAAUUAUCCUUAAAUAUGCUUACGUUACAUAAAUAAAGUCCAAUAAAACACAGGAUUAAAUGUGAUUAGAUGUAAAUUAAGAGACGAGAAUAUUUAAGGAUAAUCAAAUACAGGAAGUUCCACUUUAAUCCACUAAUGCGAUUAAUAAGUUCAAACAUUUGACCAAAUUUUUCGUUGUUUCUCAUCAUAAAAAAAUGCUUAAUUUUGACAAGUUUUCAUCAUUUUUGACAGUUUAUCAUAAUAUUUUAAAAAAAUACUUUUCGUCCUUUUGACAAAGUUUAUCACAAUAUAAAACAUUAUCUAUUUGACCAAAUUUUUUAUCAUUUCUCAUCAUAAAAUAUUGUUCAUUUUGACAAAAAAUUUCAUAAUUUUGACAAAGUUUCUCAUAAGUUAUGAAGUUAUUUUACAUGUUGCAUAACAGUUUUAAAACAUCUUUUAAACUGUGUUUCAAGAAAAUAUGUGCAGUUUUGGAGGAAACAGGACCGUUGACUGUAGUUUCUUCAAUGCAACCAUUAAAAAUACAGUUUAAUGAUGAAACUAAAUCCCUGUAUUUACACUUUUCAUCAAUCCAUGUCCAAAUGCAGAUUAAAGCGGUGCUACUUUUCCUGUAAAACUAACGAGUGAAUGAUGAUUAGACAGUAAAACCUCUAAUUUCGUCCAGUUUUGAAAAUGUUACUGAACACGUGUGGUUAUUUUCAGAAAACAAGGUGAAUUUAAUCCAGAUCGAUCUGCAGAAAUGCAAAUGUGAAUCUAAACUGUUAAAGUGUGAGUGUGAACGUACAGAUCUAAUGUUCAGUUCAGAACGAGGCUUUCCCUUCAACGUGUACAAACAGAACUCAGGCAUUAAACGCAAAAGUCCGAGUCCAUCCACUAACACACGUUUUAUGGACUUUAACAAAUAGAAAGAAGUUAUUUUUCAUGUGAUUUUUUUUUUUUUCUUAAAUCUGCCUAAAAAAAAAACAAAAACAGUGCUGUUGCUAUGGUAACCCAAGGUGUAUAUUGUAUUUUUUUCCCUUCUG